CCAGCAGCACAAGAAAAUCGGCAGCCAUCAGAGCUCCCUGUGCAGAAGGCCCAAAUAUGGCGGCAGGGCACAAGAGGAAGCCUACCUUUGAAACGCAGAAGAGGCCUCAACCCAAAGCCUGCUAUAUAUGGCCGUGACACCACUCCGGCAGCAGGCAGCAGGAGGAGGAGGAUAAAGCGACAAACACCUAAACCACAGAGGCACAGAGCUGCUUGCAUCCACAGCACACCUAUACUACAUCCCGUCCACCUGCAGGGCCCAACUCCUCGACCAGCACAAGACCUCCCACGGAUCGGGAGCCGGGGGGGAACCGUACCCAAGAGUGGAACCACAGCCGGGCACCCAAUCCUACCAAGAUACAUGACAGACCUUCACUCUAUGCGGCACAAACCUGCAAACGGUACACUUGGCCUCCAGGAACUAUCACUACGAAUCAGCACUCACCAGCAAAUACGGACUACACUGCACCAGUCGCCAGACGGACCACUGGCAGCCCUACAUAAACUGUCUUCGCAUGGAAGCUCACAGCCCAGCAGGGGUAUAGGUUGA